CAGAGGAGGUGAGUGAGCCAUCCGUAUCGAGAAGCAAAGCAUCAAUCUCUCGAAAGAAAGUGAAAAUGAGGAACUCAAAGAGCCGUGUGGAAGAGUGCAUGGUCGAGCACAUCGAGCUCAUCCCGGGGAUGCCGGACGACAUCGCCGUCGACUGCCUGGCGCGCGUCCCGCACGACGCCUUCCGCUCCAUGCGGCGGGUGUGCCGAGGGUGGAAGAGCGCCGCCGCGGCGCCGGAGUUCGCCAUGGCGCGCGCCGAGGCCGGCGCGAACGAGGAUCUGGUGUACCUCCUGCAGUUCGGCAGCCCGGCCGCCGGGGACGACGCCCCCAAGGACGACUCUUCGGCCUACGGGGUGGCCGUUUACAACGUCACCACCGGCGAGUGGCACCGCGAGCGCGCGGCGCCGCCGAUGCCGAUGUUCGCGCAGUGCGCGGCCGUGGGCACCCGCCUGGCGGUGAUGGGCGGCUGGGACUCGAAGACCUUCGAGCCCGUGGCGGACGUCCACGUUCUUGACGCUGCCACAGGCGUGUGGCACAAGGGCACGCCGAUGCGGUCGGCGCGGUCCUUCUUCGCGUGCGCCGAGGCGGGUGGCAAGAUCUAUGUGGCCGGCGGCCACGACAAGCUCAAGAACGCGCUCAAAACCGCAGAGGCGUACAACGUGGAGGCCGAUGGCUGGGACCCGCUGCCGGACAUGUCGGAGGAGCGCGACGAGUGCGACGGCAUGGCCACCGUCGCCGGCGACAAGUUCAUGGCCGUGAGCGGGUACCGCACGGGCCGGCAGGGCGGGUUCGAGCGCGACGCGGAGUGGUUCGACCCGGCGACCGGCGAGUGGCGCCGCUUGGAGCGCGUGCGCGCCCCGCCGUCGGCGGCGCACGUGGUGGUGCGCGGCCGGGUGUGGUGCAUCGAGGGCACGGCCAUGAUGGAGUGGCGCGGGGAGCGCCGAGGCUGGAUCGAGGUGGGGCCCUACCCUCCGGGGCUCAAGGCCGGCACUGCGCGGGCGGUGGCCGUCGGAGGGGGCGAGCGGGUGGUGGUCACCGGCGCCAUCGAGUCCGGCGGGCACGCGCUCUGGGUGUUCGAUGUUAAGUCCAAAAACUGGACCGUGGUGCCCCCUCCGCCGGAGUUUGCCGGCUUCGUCUUCUCCAUGGCUUCUGUACGCGUGUGAUGCUGAGGAAUGUGUAAACAUCGGAUGGAUUUCUCCACACAUGACCUUGUCCUCGCUGAUCCUGAAGGAAAGCCAUGACUUUGUCGACCGACGUCGUCUGCCCACCACAAUCCGCCCCAGCCGGCGGCCGCACAUGGAGAUGGGGGAGCAACGAGCAUCAACCAUGGUUGGGUGCCAGGUGCGUCCGCCGCGUCGCUUCUGUGCCAUUGGUGGACACACUUGUCUAUCGCGUUUUGGUGUGAAGUACACUUCACAAAUCAAAAACUGAAGAAGAUGUGCACCUGCGCCAUUGAACAGAAUCCCGUCUUUUCUUAGGGAGAAACAUUGUUGCGCACGUACAGGUUAUCACAACAGCAUUUCAAUAAAUAAUUCUCUUGCAAUAAA